GUGACAUGACUGUUUGUUUGUCAACGUGGUAUUGGAAUAUAAAAUAUAAGAGUUACCUGUUUUAAAAAAUUAUUUUCAGUUUAAAUUUUUAACUGUCCCACUGUCUUUAUUCGCAUAAUGAAAUACAUUCACAUAGGAUUUUUGUGCAAUUUUUCUGUUUAAAGUACAAUUUUAAAAAAAAUGGUUUUUAAAGAGGUUAAAAUAGUCGUGAAAUAUGGUUAUGAAUUUGUGAAAUAUACAGUUUUAGAUUAAACAAUGCAUGCAUUUGGCUUGCUGUUAUAAUAAUUAGAUGAAUAAUGUUAAUAUUUCUAUCAGUGCAGUGUAAUAAACAUCGUCAUUUGAUUUUUAUAACUUUAUUCAGUUAGCAUUUUUUUUAUUAAAAAAUAUAAAAUGAAAAAAAGAAUGCAAAAUGAGAACAAGGUGGAGGAUGGUUCCGGUGAAAUUGGCGAACAUCACGAACAUGGUGACAUACGAGGAGAUGAGAGAAAUAUUAUUAUUCUAUUCUUUUUAUACCUGUUACAAGGUAUACCACUCGGUUUGAGUGCUGCUAUUCCUAUGCUCUUACAAAAUAGAAAUGUGUCCUAUCGUCAACAGGCGGAAUUUAGUUUAGUGAAUUGGCCAUUUUCACUGAAACUUCUGUGGGCACCGAUUGUAGAUUCAGUGUAUUUACGACAAUUUGGACGAAGAAAAACAUGGCUCGUUCCAAUCCAAUAUCUAAUGGGACUAUUCAUGUUAUUUCUCUCUGGACAUGUAGAUAAGUGGCUGGGAACCGACGAAGAGAAUCUCAAUAUUGGAUUACUCACGUGCAUAUUUUUUUCAUUGAAUGUUUUGGCUGCCACUCAAGAUAUUGUUGUCGACGGAUGGGCUCUUACAAUGCUAAAACGAUGCAAUGUUGGAUACGCGUCGACUUGCAAUAGCGUUGGUCAAACUGCAGGGUAUUUUCUGGGUUAUGUUAUUUUUAUGGCGUUGGAAUCUGCCACAUUCUGCAAUGAUUAUCUGAGAUCUGAACCUUCAGACGAAGGAAUUCUCACACUACCAGGAUUUUUAUACUUUUGGGGAUGGGUAUUUAUUGUGACAACCAGUUUAGUUGCUUUGUUGAAACACGAGAAUUCAAGUAAAGGAACAAAAGAUGUACAAGUGGACAUGGACAUAAAACAAGCGUACAAACUGCUCUGGACUAUCGUAAAAUUGCCUAGCAUGAAGAAUACGAUCUUAUUUCUCUUGACUGCAAAGAUUGGAUUCUCGGCUUGCGAUGCAGUAACAAGUUUAAAACUCGUGGAGGCUGGAAUUCCUAAAGAAAAAUUUGCCAUGAUUGUCGUACCAAUGAUACCUUUACAAAUAAUUUUGCCUGUAAUUAUAUCAAAAUAUACCGCGGGACCAAAACCUAUGAAUAUCUACUCAAUGGCCAUUCCAUAUAGAUUAGCGUUUGGUUUAGUCGCGGGCGCUUUAGUUUGGGUGACUCCUCAUCUUAUAGGAAGUGGAGAAGUGCCUGCUUAUUAUUUCAUUGGUCUCAUUAUGGUGUAUUUCUUGCAUCAGAUCUGCAUUAGUAGCAUGUUUGUCGCCUCAAUGGCAUUCUUUGCAAAAAUCAGUGAUCCAGCAGUUGGCGGAACAUACAUGACAUUUUUAAAUACAAUAGCGAAUCUCGGAGGAAAUUGGCCAACAACAGCUGCGCUCUGGUUCGUCGAUGCUUUAACAUUUAGAAAAUGUACCACUGAUCCUUCCAAUGACUGCAGUACAAGUGAAGAAAAGGAGUUCUGCGUGAAAAACAAUGGCUCGUGUACUAUACAGUUAGAUGGUUAUUACAUAGAAAUAAUGUUGUGCUUCAUCAUAGGCUGUUUAUGGUUCAAAUGGGGUAGAAGAAAAAUUGAAUUCCUUCAAUCGAGACCACUUUCAGUUUGGAAAGUUGUACGAACAAGGAGAUAACAAUUCUCCAAAAUUCGAAAAAGUGUCUCCUAAAUUCUUGCAAUUUUUUUUUUGCAUUCGAUGUCAGUUGUUCAAAGUAAAACGAGAAGGAGAAAGAAAUCCGUCUAAUUUAUAAGUGAACAUUAAUUUCGAUUAUCAAAAAAAAAUCGUAAACUAUUUAUUUUAGCGAACUGUUUUUAAUUAGUUAGAAAAGAGACAAUAAUUAACUCGUUCGCAAUUCCCUAACGAGUUAGAGCACAAUUCCUAGGACAUAAGAAACAAAAAGAUUUUUACAUAAUUGUUCUUUGUUAAUCGUUUUGUUUUUUUUUAGAGAAAAAAUUCAAUUAGCUAUUCAAAAUAAUUGACUUUUAUAAAUUGCAUAGCGGAAAUUGUAAAGAAAAGAAUGUAAAAGCUGAUAUCGAAAUAUUUAUUUAUUUGUAUUGUCAAUAUUGUUAUGCAAUGUGGAAGUUUAUUUUAAAAUAUUUAUUUUAAAAGAAGAUUACGCGACUGAAAGUGAUUUGUGUGGUUGAGAAUGCUUCUCGAGUGGCAAUUUGAAGAUUUUCAAAUAAUCCAUAUUUUGAGCUUAGAAAGCGUGUAAAUAAAAAUUAGUAAAUGAAUUUAAAA